GGCUGCUUCAAGUUGUAGAGUUCUUUGAGACACUGGCGGUGUCCCUUGAGUUUGGGCAGCAUCAACUACGACCUCCGAUGCCCCUUACGAACCAACGUCCAGCCACACCCACUCCGGGCCGUCCGGACAAUAACCACCGCCCCGCCGCGGGCGAUUGCUGAGUGCUUGUGCCCCUCCAUGAUCUCACCGUGUCCGUGGUCCUCAAUCGCGAGCGCGGACGAGAUAUCGAUACAUAGGUACACAUGCUCAAUUGACCAAACCUGGGCUGUUUUCAAGGUACUCAACACCUUACUGGAGUCCGUCCCGUCUUUUGCAAAUCUUGACCUCCCAGGCUCGCCCUAGACCACUUCCCCCUUUCAAGUACAGUACGCGCAGUAACGCAGACUGGACGGGAUAUUCUCAGCGGUUGGUACGGGUACCACUGCGGAAAUUUGAAGUCGACCGCAGAGCUACAGUAACUUAUACCCCAUAACCAGACCGUAAGACGGUAUCGGCUGUCUCUACCAUUGAACGUCCACCUGGAUUGUCGGAACGAACGAAUCGGACGCGACAGACUUUGAGAGGGAAGACACUGGUGGUGCCGUGCAGUGGAUACCUAAGAGAGAAAAGCAAGCAAUCGGGACAAGAAAGAAACACAAUCUCAAUCUCGGCAGAACGGAAGAGCAAGGCAGGCAAGAAACACACACGCAGCAAUUCAAAAGGCUCUCUGCUAGAGGGGUUACGUGAACGGACCUUGUGUUCGGAGUAGUUAAGUACUAUGACGACUCCACGCUGUUUCAUCGUCCGACACGGUGAGACCGAAUGGUCCCUCUCCGGCAAACACACCGGACGAACCGACAUACCACUGACGAAAAACGGGGAGAAACGGGUUCGCGCGACGGGACGGGCACUGGUAGGCGACGACCGGUUAAUCGUCCCCCGGCAGCUGGUACAUAUCUACGUGUCGCCGCGACGACGGGCGCAACGCACCCUCGAGCUGCUCAACAUUGGCUGUCAGGACCCGUACCCGUGGCAGAAAGCAACAAACGAUCACUCCGAAUCGUCUUCAUCAGUAGUGGCCUCAUCGGCCUCGUCGUCCCCUCCUCAACACACAACCAACGCCCGCGUCACCAUCGACGAACGCAUCGCCGAAUGGGAAUACGGCGACUACGAGGGCGUCACGUCCGCCGAGAUCCGCGAAAUGCGUAAGCAACAAGGCCUACCGCCGUGGGAUAUCUGGCGUGACGGUUGUCCCGGAGGCGAAUCGCCCGAAGACAUUAUCCGGCGAGUGGACAGUCUGAUCCAUGAAAUCCGUGAAAAGUACCAUGCUCCUGUGAUUGGGAAACCAAAGGACCCCAAUGUCUUUGGAGAUGUCAUGGUUGUGGGUCAUGGUCAUAUCUUGCGUGCUUUUGCGAUCAGGUGGGUUGGGAGACCGUUGACGGAAACUGCUUUGAUCAUGGAGGCUGGCGGGGUGGGGACUUUGAGUUACGAGCAUCAUAAUAUUAAUGAGCCAGCCAUCCUCUUGGGUGGUGGGUUUGUGGUUGGUGAGGAAAAGGCGGAGAUUGAGCAGGCUGAAAGGGAAGAGAAGGAGAAACUGAGUUGAGGUUCCUAACCAAAGUUGGAGGGAGUUGGGAAAAUAUUGAUCUUGCUGGUUCUUUUGCCAAUUGAGACCAUCACAUUCUGUACUGCUGUGCCGGAAAGACUGAUAGAUUUCUGGAUGUGUGGGAGUGUUUGUUGCCUUGCUUGUUGGGGAAUCGUGGAUGGCUAGCCGAGCUGUUCGAGACGGGAAGUAUACAGUACGUGUGCGUCAAGGGAACGGAAUCAUAGAAUCAAUGGAUACUUUACGGCUUCAGGUCCUAUUUGGAUGCGCGCAGCUCUUAAAAAUACAUCAAAUAUGGGAGGGAACCCGUGCAGUGAGAUUCUUUGAAAAGGCUAGGCCUCAAGAACUGGAAGUUCCUGCUCAAGCCAUGCCCGAAUAUAAGAACGUAUCUUAGACACACACUUGAUUACAUGUGUACCUAGGUGUCUUUGACAACUUGAAGUUGUAGUCCAAUACCAGUCUUAGCCCUCGCUGAUGUAUUUACACCAAGA